AGAUGAACCAAUAAAAGUACUAUCAUGGCGAUUUGUUGCUUUAUUAAACAGGAUAUAUAACGACAAAAUACACAUUGAUCGUCAUUCGAUACAAUCUGUUUACAACAGUACAUCAUUAAAACUAUGAAGUUACAGGUACUAUGCGUAGUUGGUUUUAUUUGUGGCGUUAGUUGUAUCAACCAAAAUAAUUUCAGGAAGUAUUUAGUGUCAAGACGACAAUCAGUAUUGGAAAGACAUCAUAAAUAUGAUAAAGACAGCGGUAGUAAAGAGAAUGACGUAUUCGACGAUGAUGAGGUAGUCACAAUUACUUGUGGCGAAGGGGAAGUUAUCAGUGUGGUUAAUGCGAACUAUGGUAGUCAGGCAAAACCUCGUAAACCGAGAAAAAAUCGUUACCACGGAAAAGGACGUAAAGGCGGCAAACCUGGAAAAGACCUAUGUAGCGACCCACAGUCCUUAGUCAAAGUGGAGGGCGAAUGUAAUGGGAAACAAACAUGUGAAUUUACAGUCAGUGACCUUUUUGAUGAGGAUGAUUGUAUAAACGAGGAAGAGCCUGAAGCAAGGUCAUGGUCAAAGUACAGCAAUGAUAUUCAACUCUGGUUGGAUUACCAAUGCAUACCACAUCCAUGUUUGAACUUUUACUGUGCACAUGGAGGUAUCUGCGUUUUGAUCGAUAUGAUAGAUUUGACCCCUCAAUGUAAUUGCAUGAAUGAGUGGACAGGUGCCAAUUGUGACGACAACCCAUGCGAAGCAGACGCCAACCCAUGUCCACAAAAAAGCACGUGUUCAAUAAAUAGUGAUGGAAGUGUCAGUUGCUGUUGUGAUGAUGGAUAUACAGGAGAUCGAUGCGACGUAUUAGUGGAUGCAUGUACGGUAAAUCCCUGUCAAAACGGUGGACAAUGUUCCCUCGAUAGCCAAGGACUUCCGGUCUGCACAUGUGUGUCUAAUUUCGACGGAAUGCUUUGUGAUGUUAAUUGUGAUUUACCAACGACGACAUGCCCUACAGAUUUUACCGAGAUACCCGCGGGUAGUGGGAAUUGCUAUUAUACGUGCGACACAGAAACUGGUUGGCUUGGUGCAGUGUUCGAGUGUCGAGCAAAAGACGCGUAUCUUUGGAAACCUAAUACUCAAACAGAGCUUACUGGCGUUGGUCAAGUUCUGGAUGGAGCUGACAGAUUUUGGACUGGUGCCUCAGAUCAGACUGCUGAAAACUCACCUACCUUCGAACUUGGAUCUUUAAGUGCAUUAUCUCUUACAGCUGAUAGCAAUGGUGUUAAUUCAGACUGUGUGGCAUAUGAACCUGCAGGAGACGGGUUAAUUUACAGAACAUGUCAUACUCAAAGAAAAUGUGUUUGUGAGAAGCAGAUUCCCUGUUCAAGUCAAAACUAGCCAGAAUCCAUACCAGACCUUCCAUGAACUUUCAAGUUGUUAGAAAACUCGUCUUCCUGUGUGAUCCUCCCUAUAGAUAACUUCAGUAGUUAUAAUUGUUACUCAUUGUUUUGUUCACUUGGUAUUAUCCAUAUGUAGAAGAAAAUAUGUUUAUUAUCAUUCUGCCUUGUUUAAUCAUCCCUUUUUGUGUGCUUUAGUUAUUUGGUUCGUACCUCCUAUUUCUUAAAUCAACACGCCUUUAGUUAUAAUUUUAUUGACUUCUGAUCUGUCUGUAUAUUGCAAUGUUAUAAGUUUUAUAACCAUUUGAAAUUCAAUAAUCUAGGAAUUUAAUUGGGCUUACUAUUUUUGAAAUUUAACGCA